GGGGGCUGACGGGAAGGGGCGGCGGGGCUAUAUAAGCGGCGUGCGGGGCGGCCCCCGGCGCUGGGGUCGCAGCGCGGGGCCAACGUCUGUGCUGCGUGUGCGCGGCGGCUCGGCGGGGGACCAUGGCGGAGGGCGACAAUCGCAGCACCAACCUGCUGGCCGCAGAGACCGCCAGCCUGGAGGAGCAGCUGCAGGGCUGGGGCGAGGUCCUGCUGCUGGCCGACAAGGUCCUGCGCUGGGAGCGAGCCUGGUUCCCGCCCGCCGUCACGGCCGGGGUGUCCCUGCUGUUCCUGACUGUCUACUAUCUCGACCCAUCCGUCCUGUCUGGAGUUUCCUGUUUCGUCAUGUUUCUGUGCUUGGCCGACUACCUUGUCCCCAUUCUCGCACCGAGGAUUUUUGGCUCCAACAAGUGGACCACCGAGCAGCAGCAGCGGUUCCAUGAGAUCUGCAGCAGCCUGGUGAAGACGCGCCGCAGGGCCGUGGGCUGGUGGAGGCGCCUCUUCACGCUCAAGGAGGAAAAGCCGAAAAUGUACUUCGUGACCAUGAUCGUCUCCCUGGCGGCCGUGGCGUGGGUGGGACAGCAGGUGCACAACCUUCUGCUCACCUACCUGAUCGUGACCUUCUUGCUGCUGCUUCCCGGGCUGAACCAACACGGGAUCAUCUCGAAGUACAUCGGGAUGGCCAAACGGGAGAUCAACAAGCUCCUCAAGCAGAAAGAGAAGAAAACCGAGUAAGGGGCUCUGCAGGGCCCCAGCCCCCAUGGCAUGCGCACUGUCCUCGGGAAGCCUCUGCUCUGCCGCCUGGAUGCCGGAAUCUUCCCGAAGCAGCUCCCCGCGCCCCCUCCCCCCUCCCCUAGUUGGUAGAAAGGCAGCCCUGCAGCCUCGGCGGGGGCCGCCCCCUCCCCGCGGGGCCUUUCUCGGACCACUCCCCUGCUGUAGGACCUGUGUUUGCGUUUUCCUGCCCAGCCGUCAGCUGGGUCCCUCCUUUGAAGUCAUCCCCUCCAAGGUUGGGUCAACGUCCCAGCUGGUCUUGGCUUUCGUUAGAGACGUGGUGGGGGGUCGCGGGUGCUGCUGCCUGUCCCCCCGGCCUGUGUGGGAAGCCGGGCUGACCGCUUCCGAUGCCGGAGACCCAGUGAGGCAUUCCUGCUCCCGUGGCUAAGGGGCAGCCCCUCUCAGGCCCCCGGGUCCCAUCUCUCCCCUGCCUUCCCCCGUCGGACCUCACGUCAAUCCGUGCAGGCUUAUGGAUAGGAAACUUCCAGAAGGGCGGCGUCCUGAGUCUCUUGACUCACGUCCAGGCCCUUAACUCGAACACCAGCCGUUAUAGAACAAAAGUCUCUGUCUGCUCGGUCCCGAUGCACAUCAGUGGCGGACAGCCUUCCUGCUGCGGCUAGAGUCUCCUGGUAGCGCUUCCUCCCCGAGUGCCCGGCCAUGCUGGGCCGCUUUGGGCCCUUCCCACCAGGAAGAGGGGGUGGCUGUGUGGGUGGGGCCUGGGCUGCCCACAGGCCCGGGACUCCCUGCAGAGCUGUCCUAGAGCCCCCCAGCCCCCCACCCCCCCCCCCCCGCCCCAUCCCCAUCCAGUAGCCAGACCUGUAGAGCAGGUGAAACUGUAGGAAUGAGCCUCCGAGCUGACAAUGUGAGGAUUUGGGAACAAUUCUUCAGCCCGGAUUAAGUAGCUGUAAUAGAGUUCUGUGAACGCGUCGCACUGAAGCCGCCAGGCCGGGCCUUGUAGCUGCUCCCUCAGCGAGCGCCGUCUCUGCCCCUCCGUCCUGCUGUGGACAGGCCCCCGCGUCGUCCAGGUUUCUCGGUGGUUGUGUUGUUUUUUUUUCCUUUUUUAUGUGUCCUGUGUAAACUACCAACUACCUUCAGGGUACACGUGUCUCUCGCCAUUGUAAAUAAGCCUGUCUUCCUACUGGAUUCUUUGUGUGUGUAUGUGUGCGUGUGCGCGUGUGUAUGUUUGACCAAUUAACUCCUUUUGCGGUUUGAUCGCUGUUACUUCUACUUGGUUUCAUGUCAAAGGGGAAACAUUAAAAGAGCUGGAAUCCC